GGUGUAGCUGACGGAGUGAGGGAGCGGAGGGAGGCGGUGGCCGAUGGGGGGAGAGCAGAGGGGUGUGGGGCUGGUGACAGCUGCUGAGAAGCUCGGAGCCCAGCUGCUGCCCUGUCUUCCUGAAAGUUGACACCAUGACCCUGACCAAGGGCUCCUUCACUUACUCCAGUGGGGAGGAAUAUCGUGGGGAGUGGAAGGAAGGGCGCCGACAUGGUGUUGGGCAGUUGACAUUUGCUGACGGCAGCAUUUACCUGGGGCACUUUGAGAAUGGUCUCUUCAAUGGCUGUGGGGUUCUCACUUUUGCUGAUGGCUCCAGGUAUGAAGGGGAGUUUGUGCAAGGCAAGUUCAAUGGUGUUGGAGUCUUCACGCGCUAUGACAACAUGAUCUUUGAGGGAGAAUUCAAGGGUGGACGUGUUGAUGGCUUUGGGCUUCUCACUUUUCCUGAUGGCUCCCAUGGGAUCCCCCGUAAUGAAGGCUUUUUUGAAAACAACAAACUCUUGAGACGGGAGAAGUGCCAGGCAGUCGUCCAGCGUGCACAGAGUGCCUCCAAGUUGGCACAUGGCCUUACAGCAUGAUGGGUGUAAGCUUUAAAGCACCCUCCCUACCCCAGGACUCUCCCAUGAGCUACAGCCUAACAUGCAGAUUGGCAGGUGGGUAGAAUGCAAGAGUCACAGAGACAAACGCCAUCUCUAGGAGGCUGAUGAUCCCAACUCAACCCUGAUUAGUCCGGCAGCCUGUCUGGGUCAUUUCCCUAAAUAGCUUAACCCCCAAAGUAUGACCUGGUGCCAAACCUCAGUUGUAGAGCCACUGUCUCCUGCCAAACAGUGUCUUUCCCUUCUGAGACCAUGGCAUUCCCUUUAUCAGGACUCACGUUCUCCAUAGGACAGUCAGGUAGUGCUGCAGCCCCACAUCUUUGAUGGGCACAGUGGGAGGCACCUGAACUCUCUCCUCAUACACACACGGUGGGGCAGGGGACACAAGGAGUAAUUCAGUGCACAUUGUGAUAAUCCACAAGGAUGUUCUUGCACUGUUCUUCACCUUGAGGCAAAUGCAGCCAGGCAGUGGCAAAUUCAAACUGGCUGGACCUCAAUGGUCAGAGGAAGAGUUGGAAUGUGUAUUUAAUGCAGCAGUUUGCCUCUGUGUAUUCCUAAACUUCUAGUUAAGCAGAAAGUAGGUCUCAAGUUUUGGAAUUCAAUUCCCAGUAGUCCGUGCUGGCAAGGGCUUCUUGGAGUUGAAUUCCCAAACAUACAUACAUACAUACAUACAUAAAUACAUACAUACAUUUAUUUAUGACCUUUGUAUGCCGUCGUUUGCGACAGCCUCAUCUGGAUAUCUGCUUUCUGUCCAGCCCAGAUCUAGUUGUCUCCUGCCUUCUCAAGACUUCUUUUCUUUACCUCCCCAUGUCCUCCCAAAAAUUGUAUGCAAAAAUGAUGUCCAGAACAGAACUUUAGACCUUCUGAAUGUGCCUUUUACUAGCUUUGCAGAUCAGCACAAGGAAGGAGGUCUUUAUUAUCUUUUAUGCUCCACAGUUCAUUUGGGACUUCUUUCCAUUUUUGUUUUAGCUUUCUUGUACUUCUUCCUGGCUGCUUUAACUGUUAGUAUUGGGGUUGCGUCUUGGGGGAAAGGCAACAUUUCUCGGCUGUCCUCCUUUACAUAGGGUUGACACACAGGGCCUGGGAAGAAGAGAUCCACAUAGUACACAUAUCCUGUACUUCAAAAACAAAAUUCUGCAUCAAGGGAAACUGAAUUCAGCAACCUAUAUAAAUUAUGCAAACUAUACUUGUUUAUUUUGUAUAAUUUCUGCUUUUGCUACCCAUGGAGAAAGGCAGAGAGCUUUACAAAACACCUAAAGCCUUAGUGUUUGAUCAGUGGAAGUUUAGUGCAGCCACCAGCUCCUUCCUCUGGUUCCUAAGACUUUAGCAAUCAUUGCAUAAAUGCUUUUUAGCAUUUUUGUGAUCUUAAUGGCAAGAUGUUUGCUUUAAAAUAGAACUAAUAAUUUAAAAAUGUACAUCGCAGGAUAGUGAUGUUCAACACUGCAUAAUCAGCCACAGAAUAAUAGCAUGCACACAGCCCUGUACAUGUAAAAAAAAAUCAUAACCCUUCUCAUUUUAUCCACUAGGUCCAAAGAGAUGGCUGCUCCCAGAUAUAGUAAUGCUGUGUCUCCCUUUAGAAACAUUUUUAUGGAUACAUUAUGAAUCGAUACUGGAACCUAGCACAACAGCUUACAGUAAUUUAUAGUAUGAUGAUUACAGGUCAUCCCUGAUACAAUAGCGCAAGCUAAGCAGAAGGAAGAAGCAGCUUCUGGCAGGCUCCUUUCUAGAGAUGCAGGCUGAAUGGAAAUGCUGGGACAGUAAAAGAGAAAAUUAAUUGUUGUUGUGGGAUAGCAAAGAUAAAGUGGGGUGGGGACUGAGUUGGGAUCAAGUGUUCAUUGAAGAGCUAACAUUGUUUCUGCCCAAUCACUUUGUGUUUCUGUGCACUGAAACAUGGGAUUGUUUUUGGACUGGGGUGGAGGUGUUCUUAGCAAAGUAUUGACCCGCAUGGUGUGUGUCCCUAAGUGCCAUGCUGGAACCUGUGUAACCAGCCCACUUCCACAUUGAAUGUCUGCAUGUCAAUGCCACCCGUGUGCCUUUGUGUCUCUGCCCGUGUAAGGGCUUGGCCAAAUAAAGACGUGCUGAAUCUC